AUGAGUGCCUUCCAGGAGCAGAUGUUAACUUUGAUACCUACAGGGGAAGAGGUUCAGGAGAGUCUUGUGCAGGAACUUAAGGAUGCUCCAGUGAAGGAGGCUCCACCAUAUGCUGACAUGAGACAUAAUGAAACAUGGUUCACAGAUGGGUCAGCCCAAUAUCAGGGGAAUGAAAGAGUAUGGUGCUCUGCUGGCAUCAAUCCUAAAAAGCAGGUCACAUUGUCUAGAGCUGGGAAAGGAAAAGCCAGUCAGUAUGCUGAACUCAUGGCAGUGCUGAUGGUGAUUGAGCAUGCAGUGGGACAACAAGCUGAUGAAAGCGGAAGGGAUGAUUGUAAAAUUGGGAGCUCCCUUUCCUGUCCUGGCUUUCCGGAAGAAAGUCGGCGAGGACCAGUGACCUUUGAAGAGGUGUCCUUGCAUUACACCGAGGAGGUCUCGCUGCAUCCAGGCCAAAGAGCUCUGUACAAGGAGGUCAUAUGGAAGAUCCAUGAGAUGGCAACCUCUCUAGGAGAUCUCCAGGGGAUCACAGAAGUGACACGGGGAACAACUGAGCAGAAGAAGGAGUGGGAAUUGGGGGGUCAAGAUGAAGGAAAGAGACAAAUGCAAAAGCUGUGGGAUGAAUCCAGUGCUUCUCAAGGUGGUAAAAAUAAAAGUCGAGGGAGUAUUCAUUACCUAAAGGAAACAAGAAUGUCUCCUGAGUGCAAUGCAAACAUAAAUGGCCAGAACCCCCUAAGUACAUAUUGGAGAAGGCAUACAGGAAUGAAACCAUAUAAAUGCUUAAAAUCUGGACACACAGGGGACAAACAUUGUAAAUGCCUGGAGUGUGGAAAGAGCUUCAUUGACAGUGGUGCACUUACUGUGCAUCAAAGAAUUCAUACAGGGGACAAGCCUUAUAAAUGCUUGGAGUGUGCAAAGAGUUUCAGUCAGAGAGGCACAUUGUCUAGACAUCAAAGAACUCAUACCGGAGACAAACCUUAUAAAUGCUUGGAGUGUGGAAGGAGCUUUAGAGAGAAUGGUGCUCUUCAGGUACAUCAACGCAUCCAUACAGGGGACAAACCUUAUCAGUGCUUGGAGUGUGGAAAGAGCUUUGCACAGAGUGCAGCCCUUAAAGUACAUCAAAGAACUCAUACAGGAAACAAACCAUAUAAAUGUUUGGAGUGUGGAAAAGACUUCAGUCAGAGUGGCACCCUUGCUAAACAUCAAAGAACACAUACAGGGGACAAACCUUUUGAAUGCUUGGAGUGUGGAAAGACCUUCGCUCACAGUAACUCUCUUACUCUGCAUCAGAGAACUCAUACAGGAGAAAAACCUCAUAAAUGCUUGGAGUGUGGAAAGAGCUGCAGUACACGUAGUGCCCUUGCUUCACAUCAAAGUACUCAUACAGGGGACAAACCUCAUAAAUGUUUGGAGUGUGGAAAGAGCUUCAGUCGCAGUAGAUCUCUUACUACACAUCACAGAACUCAUACAGGGGACAAACCUUAUAAAUGCUUGGAGUGUGGAAAGAGCUUCAGUGACAGUAGCACCCUUACUAAACAUCAAAGAACCCAUACAGGGGAGAAACCAUAUAAAUGCUUAGAGUGUGGAAAGGGCUUCACUCGGAGUACCUCUGUUACUUUACAUCAAAGAACUCAUACAGGAGAGAAACCUUAUGAAUGCAUGGAGUGUGGAAAGAAGUUUAAACAGAAUGGCGAUCUUCAGGCACAUCAAAGGACUCAUACAGGGGAGAAACCUUACAAAUGCUUGGAGUGUGGAAAGAGUUGCAGUACGAAUAGUGCCCUUACUACACAUCAAAGAACUCAUACAGGGGACAGACCUUAUAAAUGCUUGGAGUGUGGAAAGAGUUGCAGUACGAAUAGUGCCCUUACUACACAUCAAAGAACCCAUACAGGGGUGAAACCUUACAAAUGCUUGGAGUGUGGAAAGAGCUUCAGUUGGAAUGGUGCCCUUACUGUGCAUCAAAGAACUCAUACAGGGGACAAACCUUAUAAGUGCUUGGAGUGUGGAAAGAGCUUCAGUCAGAGUGGCACACUUUCUAGACAUCAAAGAACUCAUAUCAGCACAAACCUUGUCGCUGCUUGGACUGUGGAAGGAACUUCAGUCAUUGCCACCAAUUUACUUCACAUCUAAUUACUCAUGUAGGGGACAGACCUUAUUAAUGCUUGGAGUGUGGAGAGAGAUUCAGUGAGCAUGGCCAUCUUUUUGGACAUCAAAGGAUCCAUACAGGGGGAAAGCCUUACAAUAUUUGGAAUUUGGAAAGAGCUUUAGUCAGUAUCACACCUCUGUGACUCAUGGAAAAAAACCGCGUUCUGUGGAAAACCAUGUAACUGUCCAGAGUGUGGAAGGAGUUUCAUUUAGCAUACCUGCAACUGUUGUUGUUUAUUGUUACAUGCCUUCAAGUUGACUUAUGGCGACCCUAUGAAUCAGCGACCUCCAAUAGCAAUACCUGCUGUAUUUUUCAUCAAAUAAUUCAUAGGACGAAAAGGCUUGAUAUUUUCAUCCACAUUGAAGGAUUAUUAAAAGGGAGAAACCAUAAAAUACUGAAAUAGUAGAAAGAGCGUCAGUCAUAGACAGUAUCUUAGAUAAGCAUCAAUACCUCUGUACGAAGAAGAGGCAUAAUAGUUAAUUUUCGAAUUGUAAAAACUUUGGCCAUUCACCUUUCGUUCCGCCUCCCCUAUAUAAUAGAUGCCUCUGGUAGAUACCUUUUGAUGAUUCCUUCAACUGAUUUGGUCUCUUGGGAAAGCUGCAGUGAAGCUUAUUACUGUUCUCAGUUUUGGGGGCAAAUUGUUGUGCGUAGUGAAGGAGACGUGGAAUGAAAGAGCUAUGGAGUGAAUUGGAAGAAAAACUGGUCAAGAAAUUUAUGCCUAAUGUGGGCCUGAAUACUUGCAUUGAGGGUAGAAAUGUUUUUCUUCCUGUAGUGUGAGAAGCAGAAAUGCGGACAAGGAGACCUUUGUGAAUCUCCCUGCACCCUCACAAGGCUUAGGAUCAUCAUCUAGGAGAAGAUGCAGUAACUCAGUCAUAUCAGGCUAACUGAUAGAAAAACAGACAACUCUGUUUGUUGUUAAGACCAAUAGGAAAUACUUUAAUUUGUGGUUCCAAAAUGCUUCUCUCUUAAGCAAUAAAUUAGUGAGUCAUGUUUAACUGAAGUUGACUGGACAUAUUCCAAUGCAAAAAAUCUUAACAAAUCCAUGGAAUGGUGAUGUUGAAUAAAAUGCCUGGUGAGAGGAGCUUCUGUAGUGUGGGUGCAAAUUUUGCUUUUAUGCUGUAUAAUCCUAAGUCUCAAAGAUCUUGAAGUCUGUCCCACACACCACUUGGAACAAGACGACUGUACACGUGGACAUCACCAAAUGGUCAAUAUAGGAAUCAAACUGAUUAUAUAAUUGGUAGCAGAAGAUGGAGAAGUUACAUAGUUUCUGCAAAAACAAGACCAGGAGCAGACUGCGAAAUAGAUCAUGAACUGGUAAUAUCGAAAAUUGGUGUAAAGAUAAAGAAGAAGAACAAAGCAAUCAUAAUACCAAAAUUAAAUAACAUCCCAGAAGAAUAUAAAGAUCAAAUAAGGAACAGAUUUGAGGCCUUGAACUUAGUUGACAGAGAACCAGAAGAGACUUCAGGGAAGAAUGUAAAAAGACAAUGUUGUUGUUAUGUGCCUUCAAGUCAAUUACGACUUAUGGCGACCCUAUGAAUCCACAACCUCCAAUAGCAUCUGUUACAAACCACCCUGUUUAGAUCUUGUAAGUUCAGGUCUGUGGCUUCCUUUAUGGAAUCAAUCCAUCUCUUGUCUCUUGCCAGUGUUCAGGGAUGAUUGGGGGGGCUAAUCCAGCAACAUUUGGAGUUCCAGAAGGUCCCCAUCCCUGAUAGAACUGAUGCAUAUAUACACAAUUAACAUGUAAAAAUGUUUCUGGCUUCCAACUUGUAAAAAAAUUCUUUGAACAUGUGAUAGGUCUGU